CCUCCCUCUCUCUCUCUCUCUCUACUCUUCUUCCUCUUGUAAAGCAACACUCUGUUUCAAAGAAGAUCACCGGCGGAUCAAUGGCAAAUAUUUCCUCCAAUCCCCCCCAAACGCAAACCACAAACCUUCCUCCAAAGAGGGGCCAGAUCAAAGCUCAGAUUUUUGAGAGCUUGAUGGGAACUGUAGUCUCUGUGACCUCAAAGGUAGGGGAAGCACUGAGGAGGUGGGCGAGAGACGGCGGUGGUGGUGGUAGCUCCGCCUCCGCGAGCUCACCACCGAGCGCUUACUGCUCUGAUGGAUGUUCCGAUCACUCCGAAACACCAUAGAAUAGACUCAUCAUUUCCAUGAUGGGUCCUCAUUUCUUUGUUGUAGGCUGUGUUUUAUAAGUAGAUGCUCUGAAAUAGUGUUGGUUUUUAGAUCCAGCUUAAGUCUUGUUGGUUCAGUCAAUCCGAUGGUAAUUUUUGUGUUCGGAUUGGAUUGUGGGUACGUGGGAAUUAUAAGGGUUUUCAUCAGGACUUUGAUAUUUCUGCAUAUUUGAUUUGUAUUUUAGGUGUCAGUGCGAGUUUAGCUCUGUUAAGUUGUUAGUUAUUGUGCAGUAUAUACCUCUUCCACUGUUGUUUCUUCCACUUUUACAGA